AAUAAACAUUCCGUCAAUUUUCUUGGGAGGGGCAAUGUCACCACUUCUUCAGUUCAUAUCUCUAAGAACUCAUGUCGCGGCUCUUGAGAACAUCAAGAUUAUUAAUUUGGACUCCUUGACUAUCGAGAUUAACAAGAGCCGGAAUGGUCACCGACUGGCAGUCCCGAGCGGAAGCUAAAAGAGAAGCAAUACUGAAGUCGAUCCCUGAGAAAUGGCGACUCCAAAAGAUACCUUCUGCCGAGGAGCAGAAGGAUGUCACUGGUCCUUACAUCCAACAAUUUCUCGACGAGAAAGAGGUUGAGAUCACCGAAACCGACGCCGUGGGGAUUGCUGAGAAGGUCGCCGCUGGCACCUGGUCUGCAGUAUCUGUGACCGAGGCAUUCUGCCAUCGAGCUUCACUGGCCCAUCAACUGGUCAAUUGCCUUCACGAGACCUUCUUUGACGCAGCUAUUGCUUCCGCCAAAGAACUUGACGACUACUAUGCGCAACACAAGAAGACCAUUGGUCCACUUCAUGGAGUGCCCGUCUCACUGAAAGAUCAAUUCCAUGUAAAAGAUGUCGAGACAACGAUGGGUUACGUCGGCUGGAUCGGAACUUUCGAAGGCAUCAAAGAUGAUCCCCGCAAGGGAACUUACGAAAGCGAGAUGGUGAAGGAGCUAAGGAGUUUGGGAGCUGUACUAUACUGCAAGACUAGUGUCCCGCAUACUCUCAUGAGUGGCGAGACCGUCAACAACAUUAUCGGCUAUACUUGGAAUCCGAAGAACCGAUACAUUUGCUCCGGUGGCAGCUCUGGCGGCGAGGGAGCUCUCAUCGGUUUGAAGGGCUCUCCCGGUGGCUUCGGCACGGAUAUUGGAGGCUCGAUCCGUAUCCCAGCAGCAUUCAAUGGUCUCUUCGGGAUCCGGCCCACGUCCGGAAGGUUGCCGUACGAAGGCAUGGCAAACAGCAUGGACGGCCAAAACAGCGUACUAUCGGUUGUUGGACCCCUCGCCACCACUGCCCGAUCUGUCAAACUGCUCACCAAAUCCAUCCUGGCGCAGACGCCAUGGCUGCACGACCCUCUAGUCGUUCACAUGCCCUGGCGAGACGCCGAGGAACAGGCUGUCUACGAUAUAGUCAAGUCCUCGUCUUCUAAAGGGCAGCUAACCUUUGCGGUAAUGAAAUCAGACGGCAUUGUGAACCCACAGCCUCCCGUCACACGAGCAGUAGCGAUGGUUGUUGAAGCCCUGACCAGCGCAGGCCACAAGGUCAUCGAGUGGAAGCCACCAUCCCAUGAAAGACUGCUAGAGAUUGCACUCAAGACCUGGGUUUAUGAUGGCGGAAAAGACGUGCACGAGGCAUUUGGCCUGUCAGGGGAGCCUUUGUCAAUGCAGAUCAAAUCGGCGUAUGGCGAGAAACCUAUCAAAGAGUUCACGGCCUCCGAAAUAUCCGCCAACAAUAGGGACAAGCGAAGCUUUCAAAAGGAGUACAUGGAUUACUGGAACAGCACUGCUCAGGAGACAGGUACUGGCAAACCAGUCGACGGGGUCAUCUGCCCUGUUGCGCCUUUCCCUGCAGCAAGACCGGAGAAGUAUUCUUACUAUGGAUAUAGCGUCUUCGUCAAUGGGCUGGACUACACAAGUGUUGUCGUACCAGUCACCACGUCGGACAAAACCAAAGACCAGUAUGCGGAGGGAUACAAGCCCAUCAACGACGAGGACAAGAAAGUGUAUGAAAGUUACGAUGCGGAAAUAUACGAAGGGGCGCAUGUUAGUGUACAGAUUGUGGGGAGAAGAUACACCGAGGAGAAAAUGCUUGCUAUUGCAGAGUAUGUCGGUGGACUGAUUGGCAAAUAGGGUGAAGUAGAA